ACUAAAGCAUGGCACACGCCCAGCUCCAGCGUGAUCUCGAAGCGUUAGGCUGCCCGACCGAGAUCCUCGCGUCGUCGCCGCUGCAGGUACAUGGCUCCAAGCGUGAGCUGCUACAUUGGCUGCAUGCACGCGCCCGGGCCUACCUCCAUCAAGCGCUGGGGCCAACGUCCGGGAGCGAGGCCGACAUGCUCUUGGCGCGAUGGCUUCUGCAGACGGGCGUCGAGUCGCAAGACGUGUGCGCGCGCCUCAUCAAUGGGACGCUUGGCGUCGACCGCACGAACGGCUACCUUCGGCAGGUGGUCGAUCAGCUGCUUGGCUUCGAGGCAAUCGCCACGCACGGCGCCGACGCCUGCGUUGCCAAUGCUAAUAUGCUUCUCAACGUCGUGUGCGCCAACGAGGCACUCUUCUUGGAGACCAAAAUGACGGGACUGUUUCCGCCGAGCUUCCACGCGUACCUCGCGCAGCCUGCACCGUCGGUGGCCGACGAGCAUCGCCGGGUCGCAGCGGAGCUGGAUGCAGCCAUGCGCGAGUGCGACCGACUGCGGCAGCAGUACCCCACCUUUGACAAGGAUACCAUCGUGCAAGCGCCACCGACAUUGGGCGCCCUCGUCUCGGCGCUCGAGUUGCAGCUGCAAACGUUUGCGCUCAAGUACCGUCAAGAAGUGCAGGUGUGGCUCCGCUCGCCGCUUGCGAGUACUCGUGAGGACCAGACCAUCGCGUCUGGCACGGGCAGCCUCGUCACAUCCCGGACCAAGCCCGCGCUCGAUGAGUGCGUAGCUUUUGUCGAGCAGCUCCAGUCGGUCCUCGCACACGCCGAGAUGGCCAAUCAGCGCGCCAGCACAAGCGACCUUGAUAGCAGCGAUUUUUCCGACCAAGUGGCAGCGCUUCUUGAAGAGAUGAACGUGCUGGAAGCGGCGCUGGCGGGGUCGUAGUUGGCGACAAGCGACAAAGCACAUUUUAACGCUCAUGUCGUCGUAGUACAGGUCAUAUAAAGUACUAGGAGAACGCAGUACCCUUAGCCCAGAGC